CAUUUGUUAAUAGUGUGAAGAAUUUUCGUGCUCUAGAGGUAAAAUUGGGUUGACACCUCUCCAAUAGGAGGCGAAAUUGUUGGAUGUGCAUUUCUGCAUGACUUGAGAUAUCAGGCGACUGGACAAGACAGCUCCAGGAACCUAAGAUAAGUCUUAUUUUGUAACUUGGCCAGUGUUAUUUUCAUAGACAGUGAGGUUUUCUGAGUAUGAUACGCCUUAAUUUCCAGUCAAAUUGGUGAGUGAUUUUAAGAUAUUCUCCUUCUGUUAUGUAAAUGUGUAAAUAUAUAAUUCUUUAUUAAUUUAAUAUACAGUCCACCAAAUUUUAUUUACCAGAAUUCUUGUUGAUGCAUCUUUCAUUUGUAAUUAAUAGGUCCAGAGCAACUUGUGGAUAUGACAGUGGUAGGUAUCGAAGGGGGACAUUUUUUUGCGACCUAGGUGUCCCAAAUUCCUACUUGUCUAACUGAAAAAUAAUAAUUAUCUUUGUUCAUUUACUGUUAUGUACAUAAUGAUACAUUCAGAUAAAUGUAAUUUUCCACAGUGAUGGUGGUACAGGUUUGUGAUGUAGGUGGUUGGGAGCGUGCAGGUGGUGGUGGUGAUGGGCAGGUAGUGGUACAUGUGGCUGUGGAUCAAGACACAGGCAAGCACUUAGGACAUUUUAGAGAGCGGAGGAGAAGAAUUUGAUUAUGUCUUUGGUUGUAAUGGUGACAGUGACCUUGAUGGUAUCCAACACUGGUACAAUGGCCCAUAUUCCUCUGUCACAACCCACACCUAAUACUGACCUUCAGAAUCUCAUGCAAGAUUACUGGCACUGGAAAACUCAAAAUUUCCCGCAGUUUACUUCGGAGGUUGGCAUCAACGACGACACGGCAGGUCAUCUAGACAGCUACAGUUUGGCACACUUCGAGCAGAGCAAGGUGAAGUGUGAGCAGUUGUUGAGUCGAGCUGAGAAUAUCGACCCCACUUCCCUCUCUCCCGACGACCUCGUCAACCUUAACAUCUUCAAGUACGAUAUGACUACAUUUUUGGAGAACUCCAAAUAUAUAAAGUGA